AUGAAUUGUGUGAAACAUCUGCAUUUGUUUACAGCGUGUGGGGAUAAUCAAUACUCAGUGCAUUACAUCUUUGAGUCCUUCCAAGGACUCUUGUGCAUUAGUGCUAAUAGUGCAGUGUUUCCCCUGCUCACUUUCAAGUGCAUCUUUUUGAUGCAUCUCAGAACCUGCGGUUGUUAUGGCAACAUUUCUGAGUAGUGCCAGCCCACAUCAUACUAAUAGUAAACAAAAAACACAUCUCCUCGCAGCACCCAUCCAACUGAUGUAUGAGAAGCCCCCCUCCAUCACUGGUCCCCUGGAGCAGCAGAUGAUGGGGGAGUGAUGGUGAGCAAGAGCUUCAGUUUCAUCUCUAGCAGACUCUGCUCAUCUGAUUGCUUUGCUCCAGGGAUGUGACUGCUCUGCGUGUGUCUGUGUGUGUGUGAGAGAGAGUGUGUGUGUGUAGGUCAUACAGAGCAGAACUCCUCUAUGACCAUCAGCUGUUUAUGAUGAACAUGAAUACAGCUCUGCCGAAAGAGAUGCACACUUUCUGGGAGAAGGAGACCUGUAACCAGUCAAGCCCCAGCAAGAAGCCUAAACCGCCCAAGCCUCAGAAUGCCAUCACCAUCGCCGUGUCCUCUCGUGCGCUCUUCAACAUGGAUCUGGAGCAGGACAUUUAUGAGCAGCAGGGAAUGGAGGACUACCUCAACUAUCAGAUUCAACACGAGAUGGAACCAUUCGCACCUGGACCUGCUUUCCCCUUCAUCAAGGCAGUGGAGGCAGUGAACACUCGACUCCGAGAGCUUUAUCCAGACAGCGAAGAGCUCUUUGAUGUGGUUCUGAUGACCAGCAAUCAUGCACACGUAGGACUCAGACUCAUAAAUUCAAUCAACCAUCACCAGCUUUUUUUAGAACGCUUUUGUAUGACUGGAGGCAACAGUCCUAUUGGUUAUCUGAAAGCUUACCACACCAACCUUUAUCUGUCAGCUGACUCGCUGAAAGUCAGAGAAGCCAUCGAAGCAGGAAUUGCAGCAGCUACAGUGUUUUCACCUGGGAAAAUCACAGAGGUGCCGGAGACCCAGCUGCGUGUGGCCUUCGAUGGAGAUGCCGUCCUCUUUUCAGACGAGUCAGAGAGAAUCUACAAAGCUCAUGGACUGGACAAGUUCUUCGAACAUGAGAAAGCCCAUGAAAAUAAACCUCUGGAUCAUGGGCCACUGAAGGGUUUCCUGGAAGCUCUGGGGAAACUGCAGCAGAAAUUCUACGCCAAAGGCCAGCGCUUGGACUGUCCCAUCCGCACUUACUUGGUAACAGCUCGCAGCGCUGCCAGUUCUGGCACCCGGGCCCUCAAGACGUUACGUUCCUGGGGUCUAGAGACAGACGAGGCCCUCUUCUUGGCAGGAGCCCCUAAAGGCCCCAUGCUGGAAAAGAUCAGGCCCCACAUCUUCUUUGAUGACCAGAUGUUCCACGUGGAGGGAGCUGCAGAGCUGGGGACUGUGGCGGCUCAUGUUCCCUAUGGCAUUGCCCAGAAGAUUCCUCCAAAGAAAGAUGGUAAAAAAGACACGUCAGCCAGGCAGCUAGAGUAAAUUAUGGUGUGAUUUCCUUAAACGUGGCUUUUAAAACCUUUUUUUGUUUAUCCCAUUAUAACUGUUUAAAUUGGAAGCUAGAUAAAUUGGAUUAAAGUCCACAUGAACUGGAAGUUGCAACCAUUUUUUUGCCAAGUAUAUAUAUAUCCAAAGGUAUAGCCAAGGGUAUAGCCAAGGAUAAAGCCAAGGAUAAGUGCUCAAAAACAGACUCACUCCUUUUCUUCUGGUGUAUGCCGUCCCAUUACCCCUUAUUGAAUUACAAUAAUGAACAAAUUGCACAAAAGAAACAGUGAUAUUUAAAAGUAAAGUAAUAGGCUAUUUAAAAGUGCAAUAGAUAACACAUUUACGAGAGAGAGCAACGUUUUAGGUUUGUUAAUUUAUAAAGUUAUACAUUUUCGUGUACAGGGUUUAAUAUUUAAUUGGUCAUUAAAUUAAAUGGAAAAUCUAGCUAUUUUGUUUAUUGAUCAGUUGGAGCAUCAAAAAAAAUAAAAAUAAAGAGAAAUGUACAACUGCAGAUUUGGGUCAUGCCUUGCGUGACUAUCCGCUACACCAGAUUAUUUGGUUCACUCUGUACUCAGAAUUCAAGUAUCAGAAUAUUAAGAAAAUAUUUAGACUAUUAUAUAUAUAUAUAUAUA